AGAGCUCUGCUGUGAAUCGCUUCUAGAAGACGUGCGUCGUAGACAAGAUAAUUUUGUGCUGGUAAAAACGUUUUAUAAUAUCACAGGUUAACGAAACGAGAAUGACCACACCUAAGACUAACAGAGCGACAGAUCGCCUACAACAUGAGUAUUUGCUGUUGAAGAAUGGUCCAGUUCCCUAUGUUGUAGCAGAACCGAUACCAGGUAACAUUCUAAAAUGGCAUUAUGUUUUCACAGGACCAGAGAACACUCCAUACGCUAGAGGACUGUAUCAUGGGAAACUAGUGUUUCCAAUUAAUUAUCCAUUCGAAUCUCCUAGCAUAUACAUGAUCACUCCAAAUGGAAGGUUCAAGACCGACACGCCUCUCUGUUUAUCUGACGCCUGGACCCCUGUCUUGAGUGUGCCCACCAUCCUCACAGGAUUCCUCAGCAUUAUGAUUGAGAGAACUCCAACACUGGGAAGUAUCGAGUCAUCCGAAUAUGAGAAAAGACAGCUGGCUGGUCAGAGCUUGGAGUUCAACCUCCGAGAUAAUGUGUUCUGUGACCUGUUCCCAGACAUGGUUACUAGUAUCAAGAUUGAACUUGAAAGACGGGNUGAAGUGGAACGAGCUGCUCAAAGCAACCCCCAGUCUGUAACAUCAGAUGAACUUGAAACACAGGCUGAAGUGGAACGAGCUGCUCAAAGCAACCCCCAGUCUGUAACAUCAAAUGACAUUGAAGCAUUGUUGCGGAAUCAGUUUGGCCACAAUGACCAGAGUCCAGUUUACAGUACCAUUACAAAACUCUGCGUCGUGAUAGGAUUUGCAGUUUUUUCUUUCAUGGUCCAUUACGUGCUGAGGGUUAUCUUUACAGAAUGAAGUCGGCCAAAAAAUUAAAACGACAGUCUAUUGCACUGCUGUGUUGUGAUCGGAUGGAAAACUCGUCACUUAUUGUUUUCAUCCCCAUUUUCUUUCCAGACUUUGUGUCUAAUAUUUAAUUUUUAACUUGUGUUCUCAUUUCCGUCUCAUAAAGAGUAUGUACAAUUUGCCUUGCAGGCCUGAAAUUUCUGGUGAAAGAAAAGAUUAAAGGCGUGUACUUAGUAGAGUUCAUGGACUGGAUGAAAUACAAAAUAUUACUUCCUAUACAAGCAUAUGACAGGUAUAUUCAGAAACAUUUAUAAAUAAUUUUCGGUUUCAGGAAAUUCAUCUGUUACUGCUUUGCUGAUUGAAGUAAUUUAAUAAGAACACCAUAACCUUAUGAUCAUACAUUCUAUCUGCAGAAUGUGACUUGCUACAUAAUUUCUGAUGACUUUUAAAUAUUACGAAGUGAAAGUAUUUAUUCUUAUUGAUGCUUAUCUCCUGCUUUGUUUGCCAAAGUUAUGUUCUAUGUUUAAUUUAAUGUGAAAACUCCAGUUUCUUUUCCUUUUGUUUUCAAUGUUACUAUCACAAAAUAUGUGAACAGGGCUGGAACCUACUAUUUUGUAGAAUAAAUUACUGUACAUACAGAA